AUUCCCCCUUUAGCAUGGAAACCUAUCAGAAUUACCUAACCCGAGAAAAUAUAUUGUAGAAUUUUAGGCCAGAAACAUUAUUUAAGUAAGGAUAUUAAUUUAUGGCUACUGUUAAAUUGGUCAUUCCAUUAGCCUUCAUUUGUCAAUGAAACUAUCUAAUUACCGUAAUUUUUAGUUAGCAGCUUCGUCAUGUUUGAUGACUCAAGUAGCAUACAAUAUACGAUGACAUGCUCGAUAGAGGGUUAGGGUCACACGAAGGAGAUGCUGGAACCCAUGGACAAGCUUGGGGCGGUGGCGCUCGGUGUGUUGUUGGUAGCCUUCGUCGGGGCGACGGUGGCCGUCGUCUUCAUCUGCUGCAGGAGGCAGGGCUUGCGCCGGGCAUCCACCUCGCAUCAAAUUUUCAACCACGCUUUCCGCAAACCGCAGGUAAUGCUGAUCGAUGACUCGGUGACUCCCAUAGCAGAGAGUGAGAGGUAUUCGAACCUGGAGCUUGAAGACGUCAAACUUGCCCCUCAGAUCAAGCGAAUACUAAACGAUGUCCAGUGGGUGGACGAUGCCACAGGAAUAGUACCACACUGCCUCGCUAUUCUGAAGCUGUGCCACUACCUCACCGAGCGUCUGGUCGCCAGUGCCGUGGAUCCCCUCACUCAGCCCCAGAUCUCAAGGAUCAUCGAGGCGUCCCGGCGCGUGUCCCUCCGAGUGGACGACGUGGCGCGCGCCAUGUACUCGUCCCUGGACCCCCGCCUGCUGGAGGCGCGCUUCACGGCCCUCGUCCUGACCCUGGCUCUCCUCACCGCCCACACCCACCCCUUCUCUCCCAUCACGGGGGCAACCCCUCGCUCCUUCCUGCAGCGCGACAUUGCCGACGCUUUAGCAGAAAUGGAACGGCAUGUCCAGGUGUUGAGGGAAGCAGCCGACUGCUACGAAGAAAUCUGCGACGAACCGAGCGUCUCUGCUGCCCCGCAUUCCGCGAUAACGUUACCACAUUAGUUAACCUGGAGACCUUCGUGGGGUAACGAUUGCGUCUACACACCAGUUAUUCAAUAUUCUGUUAAUAAUUAUGUCCCAUAAAUAAAAAAAGUGUGCCUCAUUCAUCGUUACAUGAUAUAAGUAUUAAUACGUCUGCACCGCUGAUACAGCACUCUAUUUUGCACACAUAUGCCUUCAUUGCUUUUGCAUGCAUAUGCAUACGCAAUAAUGAAUUUAUUAGCACAUUAAUUUGUUCGUCCAUUUUAUUUUAAUGAU